CCAGUAUGACACGCAAAGCCAGUUUUGGUAUUUAUUUUGUGUUCUUCAGCCUAUGUGUUGGGCAAGAAACUAAAGAAAAACUUUCUAUUACCUUCAAAAAAAAUUCUCGCAAGCAAGCUAACAAAGUAAGCUAGAAUCUGAUACUUUCCCCUACUUAGCUUAUUUCUUCGAUUAGAUCAGAAUAAAUUGACAUUUUCCAGUGGUUUCUAGGAAGUAGCUAGCCGCUCCACACUCAAAGUCUCAAAUAGACGCUCUACCUUCCUCUUUCUUUUGCCUUCAAUAUUCCUUUUGACUAUAAAAUCUCUCUCUCGGCAUACAAAAACAUGUAUUCAUCUCUUGUAACGCCUUUAUUAUAGUGCAAGAUGCCAUGGGCAACCUCAUAGCCAGAAACAGAAACAGUGGUGCUCGAAUUUCAAGAAACAAUACCAAAGGAAGUGGUGGAAGAAAUAAUAGUAAUAAUAAUUCUUCAGCCAUUGACAAUAGACCUUUAUCGUUAUCACAAUUAAGACCACCGCGACAGUUAGCUCCACCACAGUAUCCUUCGCUGCCGCUGUCUCCGCCGCAACCGCAACGAGCAGAAUCCAUGUCUAGGGCACAAAAUAAGUCAGGACAGGAGGGAUCAGCAACCAUGGGAAAGAAGGAUGCAGCAAAGAAAUAUGCUUUGAUUAAGGAUAAUUUCACUUCUCUUGAACAGGUUACAACUGCCUUAAGGAAAGAAGGUCUAGAAUCAUCAAAUCUCAUCCUUGGCAUUGAUUUCACAAAAAGCAAUGAAUGGACUGGUAGAAUCUCAUUCAACAAUAGAAGCCUGCAUGCCAUUGGAGACACAUCAAACCCCUAUGAGAAGGCCAUCUCUAUUGUUGGCAAGACUUUGGCUCCCUUUGAUGAUGAUAACUUGAUUCCAUGUUUUGGCUUUGGUGAUGCAACAACCCAUGAUCAAGAAGUGUUUAGCUUUCACAGUGAUCAUACACCUUGUCAUGGUUUUGAGGAAGUUCUUGCGUGCUACCAAAAAAUAGUUCCAAACUUGAAACUUUCAGGACCAACUUCUUAUGCUCCUGUGAUCGAGGCUGCAAUAGACAUUGUUGAGAAAAAUCACGGCCAAUUCCAUGUGUUGGUUAUCAUUGCAGAUGGGCAGGUUACUAGGAGUGUCAACACUGAAGAUGGAGAACUGAGUCCUCAAGAACAUAAGACAAUCAAAGCUAUAGUUGAUGCAAGUGAAUACCCCCUUGCAAUUAUUCUGGUUGGGGUUGGUGAUGGUCCAUGGGAAGACAUGCAGAAGUUUGAUGACAAGAUACCGGCGCGUGGUUUCGACAAUUUUCAGUUUGUUAACUUCACUGGCAUAAUGUCUAAAAAUAUUGGCCCCUCUGAGAAAGAAGCAGCUUUUGCUCUAGCUGCUCUCAUGGAGAUCCCUUUCCAAUACAAAGCAACCGUUGAAUUUGGAAUACUUGGACGUGUAACAGGAAGAGCGAAGAAAAUAGUUCCGAAGCCUCCUCCAGUUCCUUAUUUUCGGCCGGCUCCCCCUGUUCAUGUAAUGAGCAAUGCACAAACAUCACCAGCAGAUGAUCGGAACCAAACGGCCUGCCCCGUAUGUCUCACUAAUGCAAAGGAACUGGCUUUUGGAUGUGGCCACAUGACUUGCAGAGAUUGUGCAUCAAGAUUAAGUAAUUGUCCCAUAUGCCGUGAGAGGAUCACUAGUCGUCUCAGGGUAUUCACUGGCUGAUUAGUAGAAUCAAAAUCAAAAUUCUAUAACAACAACAAUAACAAAGCCUUGUUCUACUAGUUAGAAUCAACUACAUGAAUCAAACGACGCCAUUGUGCCCUGUCAUGUAUUAUGUCUAUAGAGACACCGUUUACAUGUAGAAAUAUAGGAUGUGUAUGAUAAAUGCCUUGCAAGUGUUGAUGAAUGAUGAUGGUGUGGCUUAUUAGGUUCUUAGAAAAUGAACUUAUUUGUUGUAACAUGAUAGCUUGUUAUCUCUUCAAGGAUGGUUUCAGUGUGCUGAAAUGUGGAUGUGUUUGUGCAAAA